GCAUAAAUAUGAAAAUACUAUAAAACCAUUAAAAAUUAAUAAAAACAAAUUUAAAAAGAGGCAAUUGUCGCACAGCCUGAUCAGCAUUGCACAAUGAGUUGUGAAGGUGUUUACAGUUUAUCUGUAUUAAGGACAAGUAUGGCUGUUAGCACUGAAACUCUAUAAUACAAUAUAUGAAUAUCAGAUAAAUAUAUAAGAUCAUAUGGGAAUAGACACAGGGCAUGUACAGUUUUUCUUGAACACAUUGAUAUAUAUUCUAGCUGUGUUUCCCUGCUCAGCUAGAGAGGUGUAGCUUGCUUUAUUGCACAAUCAGGCGUGGGAAUCUAGUUACAGUGUGGGUACCUUGUGAAAAAAGCAUUUUGUGAGGGUGCCUCUUGAUCUCGCGAUAGAAUAGGUAUCUUGCAUUCAUGUCUAUUGUGAGAGUUUUUCCGUUCUCGCGUGAAUAAGGAACUUUCCCACGCCUGUUGUUUUGGCGUCUGCCCUCUGCCUGCCGGCCCUCCCUCCCCCUUUUCUCACCCGUUUGCCCCGUCACACCUCCCCCUCUUUCUCUCCUUCUUUCCUUCCAGUCUGGUUUCUCUGUUGUGCCGUUGGCUGUGGUGAGGGGGCUGGGGGAGGGAUCUCGCGAUUGUUGGACUUUUUCGGGGGGGAGAGUUAUUUGGAAGAUGGCGCCCGUUGUUACGGGGAAGUUUGGUGAGCGACCUCAGCCUCAGCGUUUGACAAGGGAGGCAAUGAGGAAUUACUUGAAGGAGAAAGAUGAUCAAACAGUGCUCAUUUUACAUGCAAAAGUGGCACAAAAGUCAUACGGCAAUGAGAAAAGGUUUUUCUGCCCACCACCUUGUGUGUAUCUACUGGGCAGCGGCUGGCAGAAGAAGUUAGAAAAUAUGGAGAAAGAAGGUUGCACAGAGCAGGAGGCUCAGCCAUGUGCCUUCAUUGGAAUAGGGAACAGUGAGCAGGAGAUGCAGCAACUCAAUCUGGAGGGGAAGCACUUCUGCACGGCUAAGACACUGUACAUCAGUGAUUCUGAUAAAAGGAAACACUUCAUGCUCUCCGUAAAGAUGUUGUACGGAAACAGUGCCAACAUAGGGGUCUUUCUCAGUAAGAGGAUAAAGGUCAUCUCCAAACCCUCCAAAAAGAAGCAGUCCCUGAAAAACGCAGAUUUGUGUAUAGCUUCAGGGACUAAGGUGGCGUUGUUUAAUCGUCUGCGUUCCCAGACGGUUAGUACCAGGUAUCUCCAUGUGGAGGGAGGAAACUUUCAUGCCAGCUCCCAACAGUGGGGUGCCUUCUAUAUCCACCUCUUGGAUGAUGAUGAGUCUGAAGGAGAGGAGUUUGCUGUGAGAGACGGUUACAUUCACUAUGGCCAGACAGUCAAACUGGUCUGUUCUGUCACUGGCUUGGCCCUGCCCAGACUGGUCAUUCGCAAAGUAGACAAGCAGAAUGCAUUACUGGAUGCAGAUGACCCUGUGUCCCAGCUCCACAAGUGUGCCUUCUACUUAAAAGAUACAGAUAGAAUGUAUCUUUGUCUCUCACUGGAAAGGAUCAUCCAGUUCCAGGCUACACCGUGUUCCAAAGAGACAAACAAGGAGAUAAUUAAUGACGGGACUUCCUGGACUAUCAUUAGCACUGACAAGGCAGAGUACACCUUUUAUGAGGGCAUGGGGCCUGUCCCCACGCCAGUCACACCUGUCCCUGUCGUGGAAAGUUUGCAGUUGAAUGGUGGAGGGGAUGUGGCCAUGUUGGAGCUGACCGGACAGAACUUCACCCCUAACCUCAGAGUGUGGUUUGGAGAUGUGGAGGCUGACACCAUGUACAGAUGUGGGGAAAGUGUCUUGUGUGUGGUGCCGGACAUUUCUGCCUUCAGAGAGGGCUGGCGCUGGGUCAGACAACCGGUGCAGGUCCCCGUUACGCUCGUCCGCAAUGAUGGAAUCAUCUACGCCACUGCCCUCACCUUCACCUACACUCCUGAACCAGGGCCCAGACCCCACUGCAGCGCCACCGGGGCCAUUCUCCGGUCGCAUAGCACUUCUUCAUCUUCACCAGCAUCCUCUUCAUCGCCGUCGUCCUCUUCCUCACUAGGCGGGCUUGGAGAGAGCCAGGGGGCGUUCAGCAGUGACUCGGGCAUGUCAUCAGGGGCAUCAUCCAUGUCGUUGUUGUCGUAGUAAAAGGCGUUUGCGCGUGUGGUUUUCUGUAUGUGUGCUAUGAAAGACUGAGUGACUAAAUGUGUGUAUGUGUUUUCCAAAGAGGCUCAUGGACCUGUGAAGCACUGCACACAAAUGUAGAAAAGAAGACAAGUUCAAGGACAACACAUGGGUUAACAGAUCUGCCUCUUUAGCGCCCUCUUGUGGAGUAUUAUGGGUAUGUCCAAAGCACCACUCAGCAGUUCUUGGACAGAAAAUAAAAAAGAGGAGUCUGUCUCUUAAUUCUCACACUCUCUGUAAAUUAACCAUCUUGUUUGUGUUUUUUUUUUUUUGUAUUUUUUUGUUUUUUUAUGUGUGUGGGUUUUAGAGCUAUCAUCAGUAUGCUUUCUAUCUGUUAAGGUCAUGUUUGUCUUGUUGAGCUUGUUAACUUACCGAUCGUGUGCAAGGGAACAAUUCUGUUGUAAAAGAAACAGUUUUUACGGACCAAGGAAUAUUAUUUUAUUAUAUUAUUUUAUUCAUAUUAUAUUUUAUAAGCUUUUAUCGAGGUACAUUUUGACACUUUUUUUUUUUUUUUGUAUGAUACUGCAUAGUAGCUUCACUUUUGUUACCAAAUAGAUUUUGUCCUAUUGUUGGCUCGUUUUAGGCUUUUGUCUCAUUGGGGUGAUAAUGGUGGGCAUGUCUCUGAUAGUCUGACAGUAGCUCCUCCUCCUUUUUAAUCUUCCCUAGCGUGUUGUGGAACUAGAUAGUCAAUUACAUGCUUACUAAUCGGUUAUUAAGUAUCCUAGUGGGGAAAAGUCAGACUAGGUUUGAAAGAAGGCAGUGAAAACAUGCCUAUUCUCGAAUACGAAGCACCAACGUUUUUAAUCAGUUUGCUGUUUUUGUACUGUUACCUUAAGCAUGUACACAGCAUGUUUGUGUUUUGUUGUACAGAGGGUUGCCUCAAUUUCCUUUUGGGACUGAGCAAAAGCAUCACAAAAAGAGCUUUAACACCAUCUCUGCCUUAAAUGCUGCAGCGCUCGCCGCUCAGUUCACCUGCCGCUCUGCUGAGUCGUGUCCGGAUGCAGCCUUGUUGAAUCAGAACAGAAUAACUCAAUAAGUGUUAACAUGGGAGAAGAAAAAUCCUGUUGUCUUCUGCCUCUGCCCACUUUCUUAAGUAGGAUGAACAUGUAAAAUUAAAACAUUUUCAGGUUUUAGUGCCUUUAAAAUCAUGGUUAUUUUCAGAUUGUCUUUUUCAAGUGUCUCAUUGUAUCCUAAUGCUUGUCGUUCUUCCGUAUUCAUAAUAUUUUAAGGGUAAUGAUAAUGUGUAUUGUCAACCCUAUUGCCAAUUAGAAGUUUGAAUGACAAAUUUUAAUAACUUUUUUUUUUUUUUUUCCGUGCCCUUGCCAUUUGUCUUUCAGCAUUAUACAUUUAGAUCUGUUCACAAUGCCUUCAUUCCUUAUCAGUAUUUUCUCUGCUGUCAUUAUACUGUAGAUGGUUUGAUGCAGCUGAAUACUGCAAGUACAUCAUUACUUGAUUUUACCUGAUGUUUAUUUUACUUCAGUUCUGUCAAAGUAGGUCAAGGCACCUUUCAUUAAUCCAGUCCAAGGAUCAUUUUUGCAGAAGCUGGUCAAUGAUGACACUCCUGAAAAAAAUGCCACUUGUGUUCAGAAUUUUAAUCUUGUUUUGUAAUAAUCCAUUAUUUUUUUUAGUCUUGCAUUGUCCCUUUAAACAUGAAUCAAUUUAUGAAUGUUCUUCAGAGAAAGGUCAUUAAUAAAGACAAACUGAAAGUA